AUGUCUGACCCGUCCAUGGCCAAGUCGACUGCCGUCCAGCGGCCGUCGACGCCGCAGUCGCUGACCCGCGGUACUAUCGACCCGGUUGAAGACCCGGCCAUCGAGUCGUUCUACCACGACGCUGUCAGUCAGUCAUACAGGCUCAAGUCGGAGCUCGUGGCCGAGCACAUGGCCCUUAUCGGCAUGGGCAAGUUCCAGUGGUACCUCUUUGUUGUCAAUGGCUUCGGCUGGAUGGUCGACAACUUCUGGUCGCAGGGCAUCAGUGCCGCCCGGCCGCCCGUAGCCAACGAGUUCACCGGCAUCGUUCACCUCAGUUUCAGCUCCGUCGCCUACUACCUUGGCCUCAUCCUGGGCGCGUCCUUCUGGGGCACAACGGCCGACAUGAUUGGCCGCAAGCCGGCCUUUAACCUGACCACCCUGCUGGGCGGCAUCUUUGCCUGCGCCGUUGCAGGAUCGCAGAACUUUGUCGCCUUCUGCUCGCUCUGGGCCGUCAUCGGUACGGCUGCCGGCGGCAACGUCCCCGUCGACUCCAUCAUCUUCCUCGAGUUCGUACCCCAGACGUACCAGUGGCUGCUCGUCAGCCUGUCCGCCUGGUGGAACCUCGGCCAGCUGAUCGUCUCACUGCUCGCUUGGGUCUUCCUGGCCAACUUCGCCUGCGACUCGGCCGACGCGCCUUGUCCUCGCCACACCAACAUGGGCUGGCGCUACAUGAUGAUCACGCUUGGCGGGAUCGCCAUCUGCUUCGGCCUCAUCCGCAUCUUCAUCUUCAAGAUCCCCGAGUCACCGCGCUACCUCAUCUCCAAGGGCCGCGACGCUGAGGCUGUGGAGUCGGUCAACUACAUUGCCCGCUACAACGGCGUGCCCGAGACCCUCACACUCGACAUGCUGCAGGCCGUCGACCUCCAGAUCCACGGAGGCGCCCAGGUCACGGACGAGAAGACCGAGGCUGUAGCCCCCAUCGCCCCCAAGGCCCUCACCUAUCGUCAGAUCCUCAAGGAGAGCCUCAAGGACUACAACAGCCAAAGCUACAAGUCCCUAUUUGCCGGUCGCAAGAUGGCCCAACACUCGUUUGUUACUUUUCUGCUCUGGCUCACUAUCGGCAUCGCCUACCCGCUUUACUUUGCCUUUAUCACGUCCUACCUCGAGACCAAGAAGUCGUACCACGUCAACGGCUCCAUCAGCCACACAUACCGCACCUACUGCAUCGUCUCAGCCGUCACUAUUGUCGGUCCCAUCGCGGCUGGCUACGCUGUCGAGACGCGCUUUGGUCGCCGCUGGAUGAUGGCUUUCUCGGCUGUCCUCACCGGCGUCUUCCUGUUUGUCUACACUGUCGCCAAGACCGAGGCUGCCGACAUUGGCUUCCAGUGUGCCACUGGCAUUCUGGGCAACUUUGAAUAUGCAAUCAUGUACACCUAUGCUCCCGAGUCGUUCCCUGGACCUGUUCGUGGCACUGGCACCGGUAUCGCGGCCACACUGCUGCGUUUUGGCGGUCUUUGUGCCUCGCUCAUCUCGACGUACAACGGCUAUUCAAGCGUGCCAAUUUAUGUUAGCGCCGCCCUCUGGAUUGUUGCCGGUUUCUUCUGCUUGGGGCUGCCGUACGAGACGCACGGCCAUGCGUCGAUUUGA